UGCACUGAUUAUAGUGACUACAUAUUGGAAGGUUCGAAUCUUUACCACCCAUAUACGUUGUUCUCUUGAAAACUAUAACAACUUCUAACAAUAGACUGUUCUUGUAAUUGUGACAUCAUUGUUUAUUUUCAAUAACAAUUAGUCUUUAUAUCUGAAUAGCUGUUCAAAGGCAUAUAAUGACGGCAUAACAUGGACGACGACGGCGAACAUUUAAAUUCAUAUAAACAAAGCAGUUAUCAAAACUCUGCUCCACAUUAUCAGAGAAGACCUCAUGAAGCACCAAAUCAUGGCAUUACUCGUCCAAGACAAAGGCAACCACUCUGGACUCCACAUGCUACAAACAUCCGAGCACCACCAAUGCCAGGUGGCUCUAAAAAUUUGCAAUUUGGGCAAUCUCCAACAGGCACUUCUAACUCAAAACACCAUCGCACGUUUCGAAAAGCACCACAAGAAUCAAAGAUCCAUGCUACUAGGGAGCCAACAGAUUCUAGAAACAUACAAGGACAAGCUGUAAAUGCAACACAAAGUAACUCGGCUCCUAGCGGCUCUCGACGUCCAUGGAACCAAAACGUUCAGAAUAACCAGCCCGUACAACGAGACACGAAUAUAUCGUCAUCAGGUAAUCAAAAAAGGAAACAUCCCUUAGAAACUUUGCAGGAAAUAGCAAAAUCGAAUGAUAUUCUUGCCGAGAUUAACAACAAGAAAAAUUUUUUUAAUAAUCUAUUCAAAUGAGUGACUAAU